UCAUCUCCUUCUGCGCCGGCCCAGCGUGCCGACAGUACGGUUGACUUCGUCGAGAGCGCGAAAUUCCAGUUUUCCCAGCAGUGAUUCAUCCGUGAGAUUUCGCCAAGACCCUGCCCUCAGCCUAGAACGCUGCUUGUCUGUCCUUCACGAUCGGAGCUCCGCCCGGCGCAAUCAUCCUCGACGGUCGAACGAGACGUGCGACAGUCAUCUAGACUUAUUCGGGCAAUAUUAUUACUGGCAAGCAUGACGUGAUGAUUUCUUCUUGGUCUUUUCUUUCGCUCUUCCUCGGCGCGUUGUCCACGCUUGCCUCCGCCGCAUCGGACUAUCACGAAAGCCUCGUCCUGCAACCGCUACCCCAGUCGUCCUUAUUAGCGUCGUUCAACUUCCGCAGCAAUGCGACGAAAGAGUCGUUUGACGAGCGCAACUUUCAAUACUUCCCGCGGGCACUAGGCCAGAUCUUGCAACAUGCCCACACCGAAGAACUCCACCUCCGCUUUACGACGGGUAGAUGGGACGCUGAGAGUUGGGGUUCGCGCCCCUGGAACGGGACCAAAGAAGGUGGUACGGGUGUGGAAUUGUGGGCGUGGAUUGACGCCGUCGAUGAACAGGAGGCAUUUGCCAAAUGGAUCACCUUGACGCAGUCGUUGUCCGGUUUGUUCUGCGCGUCGCUGAACUUCAUCGAUUCCACGCGAACGACUCGCCCCGUUACCUCUUUCCAGCCAACUGGAGACCAUUCUACGUCGAAGAACCUCCAUUUGUUGCACGGAACUCUCCCCGGAGAAGUUGUCUGCACGGAGAACCUGACACCAUUCCUCAAACUUCUGCCGUGUAAGGGCAAAGCCGGCGUUUCCAGUCUAUUCGAUGGCCACAAACUCUUCGACGCCUCGUGGCAGAGCAUGGCGGUGGAUGUGCGUCCCAUCUGUCCGCAGUCGGGAGAAUGCCUGGUGCAGAUCGAACAGACCGUGGAUAUCGCGCUGGAUAUUGACCGGUCGAAACGAACUCGCGAUAACCCAAUCCCUCGACCAGUUCCUGCCGAGCAGCUUGUUUGUGACGCCUCCAAAUCCUAUCACUCGGACGACACCUGCUAUCCUUUGGAAAACCCCUCCGGUAAGGGAUGGGGUUUAACGGAGAUCUUCGGCCGCAGCAUCAACGGGCUAUGCCCGCUCACCGAGGACCAGACUACGGAGGAAGAACCGGUCUGUCUCCGAGUGCCGCACGAUCGAGACGUUUCUGUCUCGCCGGGGGCCAUUGAAUCCAAGAAGCCCGACGGUUUUACUCGCUGCUACACCCUGCAAUCCUCAACGCCCUUUGACAUCACCAUUCCGGAGCAGGAAUCCACGACCCAGGUGCCUCUGGACGAGCCUAUCUUGCGGGGGGAACGAACCAUUGUGGGGCAUGGGCAGGAACGGGGUGGCAUGCGGAACAUCUUCGACAAUCCCUCGGACACCGACGCGGUGGACUUUAUCUACUUCGAGACAUUACCGUGGUUCCUGCGGCCUUAUAUCCAUACUCUGCAGGCCACGAUCACCGGGCGGGAUGGAGUCCGACGACAGGUGCCCGCCACGCAGAUCAUCAAGGAAACCGUCUACCGACCCGCCAUCGACCGAGAACGUGGCACGCAGCUCGAGCUCGCACUGACCGUUCCGGCGGCAUCCACGGUGACCCUCACCUACGACUUCGAGAAGGCGAUUCUCCGGUACACGGAGUACCCGCCCGACGCGAACCGAGGGUUCAACGUGGCCCCGGCGGUGAUCAAACUCGGCACGCCCGACCAGCAGGAGGGCCAGCCCGUCUACAUGCGCACGACCAGCCUUCUCCUGCCUCUGCCGACGCCGGACUUCAGUAUGCCGUACAACGUGAUCAUCCUCACCAGCACGGUCAUUGCUCUGGCGUUUGGCAGCAUUUUCAACCUUCUGAUCCGUCGUUUUGUCACCGUGGAGGAGGCCGCCGCCAUUACGGCGCAGACGCUCAAGGGCCGGAUCGCCGGGAAGGUCGUGGCGUUGCGUGACAAGAUCAAGGGGAAGCAGGCCAAGGUGGAAUAGAGACUUUGACUACUUGUGGAGUAUAUAAUAAUGAAGUGGGGAGUACAUGUACAGAAAUCUUUUUUAUGCAUUCGUUAUGUCUUUUAU